CUGCACUGAUGGACACUGAUAGGUGGCACUGAUGAGGAGGCAUUGACAGGCAUCAUUGAUGGGCACUGAAAGGCAGCACUGAUACAUGGCACUGAUAGGCAGCACUGACUGGCACUGAUAGGCGGCACUGAAAGGCAGCUCAGAUGGGCACUGAUAUGUGGCAUUGAUGUGCACUGAUGGACACUGACAGGUGGCACUGCUGGGGCCACACUGAUCAUCAGGGCACACUGAUCAUCACUGAUCACAUGACUGAGCCGACAUCUUCGGCUCUUUCUGUGAUCGGUGAUCCGCUGUGUCCGAGGGACACA